UUGAAGUAUAUCCCAUGGAUGGCUUCACAGUGAAGUUGCCAGGAGGAAGAUCGAUUCCCUCAGACAUGCCCCUUGACCCCUGGACAACUCGGAACGUCAUCCUUCAGCUCCACCCAGCUAACACUGGGGACAUCACAUGGCUGUGGAGAGUAACCCACUCUGAAGACCUUGGUAGAGGAAGGUACUGUGUAGAAGUGAGCAUGCACAGGAUUGUUGGCAGAGGAGAGGCAAGGGAUACAGAUGAUGCAGAACAUGGAGUAGACUGCGGUAUCUGCCAGGACACAGAGCCUGGUAGUCUGCUGGUGGAAACAACUAAGUGCCGGCACAGGUUUCACUUUGAUUGCCUGGUCAAGUGGCUACAGGAACAAAAUGUUUGCCCCCUCUGUUGGCAAGAAGAUCCCCUGAGGCCAUAGCAGGAUACUCACAUCAUGAAACACCACCGAUGCUGCCAUAGAUUAUGACUGUUAUAAUUGUUAUAAUCACAGUUAAAGUUGUGGUUUGUUCUUGAGAAAGUACUGCAUUGUAUAUGACAUUGUAUAUAAUUGUAUAUGACAUUGUAUAUAAUUGUAUAUGACAUUGUAUAUAAUUGUAUAUGACAUGCAGUAUGCAGACUGUACAUAUAGUACUGUCAGUGACAGUUGUAUUUAGAGUUCCAAACUCUGAGGAAUUGAAAAAACUUUAUUAACAUAUGGACCAACUAGGGUCGUCUUUUCCUUGC